AUGAAGCAUUUAAAACCUCCGGAUCGGGAUCCUGAAGUGCCGGUGGCGCCCUCUAGUCUCCUUAGAAGUUUAGGAUUGGCCAGCGCGGUGCCGCAGGCGCGGCGCGGGCUUCGGUUUGACGAGCUUGUUUGCCGCGGCUAUUGCCGCGACACCAACGUCCCAGAGGCGGGGCUGGUGUCGGCGGAGGCGCUCCUUGGAGCUAUCUUGUUUCCACGUAACAAACAGAGCCCAACUUUAUCGGAGGUUGAGCCACCUAAACUCUGCCACGUAGUAGGGGAUCAUUCAGUUUUUGAAGUUCGUGGUGUAGUGGAAGGGAACCCUGGAGGCAAUGUUUCGUGGCUGGAGGGUUUUUUAGGGUAUCGGAUCCACCAUACUCAUAAAUGCCUUUUGUUGUUUUUCAGAAACCCAAAGCUUGUGGUGACUGAAAAGACCAUCCGACUUACUUAUCGUCAUGCUAAGCAGAAUAAAAAAAAUUUGCCAUGCUUUUUACUUGGUUCUCUCACAGUGGAUGAAGAUGAAGAAGGAGUGACAUUGACUGUAGAUCGCUUUGAUCCUGGUCGAGAAGUACCUGAAAGCUUAGAAAGAACCCCAACUGCUUCUCUUCCUGGGGACUUUAUAAUUCCAUGUAAAGUUGAAACUCAAGGAAUUUGUUCAAGAGAAUUGACAGUUCACAAUGCAGAUGACUUCACUUCAGCUUUUAAGGCGCUGCAGCACCAUAUAUGUAGCAAAGAUUCCUUGGACUUUGGUAAGCUGCUUUCCCUAAGAUCUCAUAUAACUUCCAGGGAAAGUUUGGACAAUGUGGAUUUUGACUUUCACUGGGCAGCAGUAACUCUAGCAAAUACCUUUAAAUGCACACCUGUGAAGCCUAUCCCCAUAAUUCCAACAGCCUUGGCAAGAAACUUGAGCAGUAGUUUGAGUAUUUCUCAAGUUCAAGGAACCUAUAAAUAUGGAUAUCUUACCAUGGAUGAAACACGCAAAUUAUUACUUCUGCUGGAAUCUGAUCCCAAGGUUUAUUCCUUACCAUUAGUGGGAAUUUGGGUGUCUGGAAUUAUUCAUAUCUAUAGUCCUUAUAUAUGGGCUUGUUCCUUGCGAUAUAUAUUCAGUUCUUCUAUUCAAGAAAGGUCUUCUCAGAAGUUACCUCCAGGGAAAAUGCCAAUAAAUGAUCAUGACUCUGGUGUUGAAGAUGAAGAUUUUUCUCCAAGACCAAUUCCCAGUCCUCAUCCAUUAAGUCAGAAGAUGUCUAAGAUCCAACCAUCAGUUCCUGAGCUUUCGCUUGUGUUGGAUGGCAAUUUCAUGGAAUCAAACCCUCUGCCUAAUCCAUUGGAAAUGAUGUAUAAUGAAAAUCCUCCUUUGUUGAUUAACCAUUCUGAACACGAGGAACCAAUUCAACCCCAACUUUAUGAUGAGAAACACAACCCAGAUGCUGAAGCUGAAGAGCCUUCCAUGAAAGGGCUACCAAAUCAAUUGAACCAAAGCACUGCUCCUUUGAGACACUGCAAAGUUAGACAGCGAGCUACCUGUAAGAAAGGGAAUAGCCACACCAGGAACAGUGUUAAGUCAUCUCUUAAUGGGGUAUCUCCUGAUACAUCUGAAAAACUUCAAGCAGUUUCUGCUGAAAAUGGACAAAGAGAAGAGUAUUCUGUAAGACCCUCCACAUUUAAUUCUAGGCAGUCUUCUUUUGCCUCACAGUCUCAUCCGCACAAUUUUCUUUUUUCAUCCCAUAAUUCAGGAAGACUGAUGGAACUUCAGAUACCUACUCCCCCCCCGCCAACGUACUAUUCCACAAAUGUUUGCAGUUGUUGUCAGCAUCAUGGCCCUAUCCCAUAUAGUCCAAUACAUUCUUGGCAAGGAAUGAAUACAGUAGGAUCCAUUCAGGAACUCCAAUGUGAAGCCUUUCAGAAGCAUUCAUUAUUUCAUCCAAAUGGAUGUCCAGCUAUGUGCCAUAAUGCAUUCUGUUCUUCAAGUAGUCCUAUAGCCAUGAGAUCCCAAGGAAACAUGGGUAGUUAUUCUCCCCACAAUGGUGUAGAACCAUCCCCUGUGGUGAGACUGCCUUCACAUGUGGACUCACGUAACCCACAACCUUGUGCAAUGUGUAUGCAUACUCCCAAGACUGGAUCAGAUAAUGGAAUGAUGGGACUAUCUCCAGAUGCUUAUAAAUACCUUACGGAACAAGACAGACAGCUGAGACUACUGCAGGCUCAGAUUCAGCGUUUAUUGGAAGCACAGUCUCUGCAGCCCUGUUCCCCUAAGACAGCCACUGUUGAAGACAGUGUAAGACAAGUGGAGUUGAUUUCCACGGAAGCACAGUCUUCUCCUGGCUUGCACAUGAGAAAAGGUGUAAGCAUUGCCGUGAGCACAGGUGCUAGCUUGUUUUGGAAUGCAGCAGGUGGUGAUCAAGAGCCUGAAACUCAGCAGAAGCAAGAUGAUACCAAAAUUUCCAGUGAGGAUAUGAAUUUUUCUGUUGAUAUUAAUAAUGAAGUCACAAGUCCUCCAGGUAGUGCAUCUUCAUUAAGAGCUGUUGAUAUUCCCAGUUUUGAAGAGAGCAACAUUGCUGUGGAAGAAGAAUUUAAUCAACCCCUCUCUGUAUCCAACAGCUCUUCUCCCACUGACAGGAAAGAACCUGAUGUGCCUGUGUUCCUUCCGAAUUCCCUGUUGACAGAGAGUGUAAGCAUGUGCUUACAGACUGGACCAACAGAGGGUGCUAGUAGCGACUCUGUGACAUCAGGGCAACCCUUGACUCAUCAACCAUCAGACAGCCAGAAAAUUUAUCAGGAUUUGUUGGGUCAAGUGAACCACCUUUUAAAUAACUCUUGCAAAGAAGCAGAACAACCAUCUACCAAAGCAGUAUUUAUCAGCCAUGAAUGUACCAGGACUCAAAAUGUUUACCAUACAAAGAAAAAAAAACAUGAUUUAGGAUUGGUGGACAAAGAUUGUGUUCUUAAUGCAACCCUUAAGCAACUAAGAAGCCUUGGAGUGAAAAUUGAUUCUCCUACUAAAGUUAAGAAAAAUUCACAUAAGGUGGAUCAUGCCAGUGUGCUGGCGCGCAUCAGCCCUGAAGCUGUGAUUUCUGGAUUAAACUACAUGUCAUUUGCUAAUGUUGGCAUGAGUGGUUUAAGCCCCAAUGGUGCGGAUCUGAGCAUGGAGGCAAAUGCUAUCGCUCUGAAAUAUUUAAAUGAAAAUCAGCUCUCUCAGCUUUCUUUCACUCGCUCAAACCAAAAUAACUGUGACUCAUCUUUUAGCCUUUUACAUAUUAAUACAGACAGAAGCACAGUGGGACUUAGUUUAAUUUCCCCAAACAACAUGUCAUUUGCAACCAAGAAAUAUAUGAAGAGGUAUGGACUCAUACAAAGCAGUGAUAAUAGUGAAGAUGAAGAGGAGCCUCUGAAUGACACAGAUAGCACGAGUAAACAUUUAAACCCUACGCCCAUACCUGAACAACUUGCUUGUCAGAAAGAGCCUUCUAGAAAUGCCUGUGAAGUAAUCAAUUGCUGUAACUCUGAAUCUGUGGAUACUCACCCAGAUGUGCCAGUACUGAGAAAUAUUACAAACAAGGUAGUUCAACCAAAGGCAGCACAGCAGUUGCGUGAUAAUCCAGCUUUCUUAUUAAAGAAUUUUAAAGUAAGUCCUGUGGUGAACCUCCGAACUGGUAAAGCAGAGUUUACCCAACAUCCUGAGAAAGAAAAUAAAAAGGACAUUCCAGUUUUUCCUGAAAGUUUGCAACAUUCUGAAACUCUAAAGCAGAUGAAUAGCAUGAAUUCAGUAGGCACCUUCUUAGAUGUAAAACGCCUCAGGCAGUUGCCAAAAUUAUUUUAA